UCCAAAACCUUUCUGUGAUUAAAGUGGCCCGCAAUGUAAUUCGAGUUGGCCAGGCCUGCUCUAGACCAAUACCGAAAGAACGCCACAUGGUUUUACGAGUUCCACUACACCGGUAUAUUUGAUAAUCUGGUCGUACUCUGGUGACAAAGGCCAAUGUUGAAAAAUUAACGGAUCUGUACGGCAGCAGCAGCAGCACCACCACCACCACCACCAUCAUAAACAGCCAACACAAUCAUCACCUGCCUCUACCGCAAUCACCACGGCCACCAUCACCACCACUAUCGUCAUCUAUAAAGAACGAUAACCCUAUUUUGGCGGCUGACGUUGAAACAAACCAGAGACAAAGUUAACUGAAACUAGGGACGAAAACAUGCCUGCUGGGAAAAGUUUACAAGAGCGUUUGAGUGCUGGGGAGAAAGUGUUUGCUGCGGAGGGAUACAUGUUCGAGUUCAACAGACGUGGAUAUCUGAAAUCUGGUGCAAUGGUACCGGAAGUGGUCAUAGAACACCCAGAUCUUGUCAAAAAUAUGCACGAAGAAUUCGUCCAUGCAGGAAGUGACGUCGUUUUGGCUUUCACUUAUUAUGGUAACCGCCACAAACUUCAAGUCAUUGGACGCCAGGAUGAAGUUGAACAGUUAAACAGAAAGGCUCUGAAAAUGGCGCACGAAGUGGCCGAUAACACAGGAACUUUAAUGGCGGGGAACUUAAGCAACACAACUGUUUUCGACCCUAGUGACAAGGACGCUGUAGAUACCGUCAACGCUAUGUUUAAGGAGCAAGUGAUAUGGGCAAAAGACGAAAAAGCAGAUUUCAUUGUUGGAGAAACUUUCUACUCUCUCGCAGAAGCUAUGUUGUCUUUGGAAGCUAUUAAAGCUUAUGGUGAUGGUUUACCUGCAGUAGUAAACAUCGCCCCUACUUCGAAAGGCUGCACUGUGGAUGAUGUUCCAUUAGAAGAGGCUUGCAGGAAACUUGAACAAGCUGGAGCUGCAGUUGUAGGUCUCAACUGUAGCAGGGGGCCAAAGGCGAUAGUUCCUCUCCUGAAAAGUGUCAGACAAGCUUGUAAGGGGCCAAUAUCAGCUUUGCCCGUCCCCUACCGCACGAACGAGGAAAUAAUAACAUACCAAAUGUUCAAGGAUCCUUAUACAGGACAAUACGCUUUCCCAAGCAACAUGGCGCAGUUCCAGUGCAGUAGGAAUGAAAUUGAAUUCUUUGGCAAUGCCUGUAAAGAGAUUGGAGUCCAGUAUAUCGGUCUUUGCUGUGGAAAUACAUCUGAUUACUUCCGCCUUCUGUGUGAGACUUGUGGAAAGACAACUAAGGCCAGCCGCUAUACAACAGAUAUGUCGAAACAUUAUCUUAACACCGACAAGGGUCUUAGCGAUUACAAUGCAAAUGUUAGGAAGGCACUCCUUGGUUUGUAAAACUACCAACGAUCAUAUCGCACGCAGAACUUCGCCAUUUGUGUUUAUAACAACAAACAGAAAAUCUAUUUCAGAUGUGACAUUGGUAUUUUCUUGAACUCUGCAAAUGUAUAUAUAUUCUACAAAAUUAGUAGAGUAGAAUUCAUUUGUGUAUAUAUAUAUAUAUAUAUAUAUAUAUAAUUCUUCGAAACGCCGGAGUUUUAAUGGUGGCAGCUGAUGAAGGGGAUGUUUCUAUGUAGCCUGCUUGUUUGUUGCACCUUGUUUACCAUUUUGUCCUUGUUCUUUUGCCACGUCAUGUACCCAGUUAUGUAUCUAUAUGUACAUGUAGAUGAACGUAUAUACAUACAUUUACAUAUAUAUGCAU